GUCAGCCUGCCGAUAAGAGCGCAGACAGCGCAGCCGCUCGCUGCUUCCGAAACGCUUUACCCUGAGCUCUUGCACUUGUAUUGACUGGGCUGUCCUUGCAGAGAGGGAACCCAAGAAUUAGACGGGGCAAACGGGCGACAUUAAUUAAGCAAUUCGAGUCAGGAAGGGAGAGAGGCCGUGUUUUUAACCUUAGUGGACCUGGGAGGGAGGAGGAGGAUGAGCUAUUCUUGUACCAGCAGAGAGGCUGUCUGCAAUAGCCAGAAUCCGUCCAGCGCCAGGACACCUUGUGGCAGUAAUCCUGGCAGCAGCUGCGGCGCAGACAGCGGCGGCACCAGUAGCAACCAACCCCGUGGCAGUCAGGCGAACCCGAGCCCAGAAGCGCAGGCGGCAAUGAAAGUGAAGAAGGGAUGCAGCUCGCCGAACUCGGGGGUCCCGGCGACCACGGAAGAGGAAUUGCUCUCCAACUCCGUAAUAGUUCCCGAGGAUGUCCUCGGCUUGCAAAAGAUCACGAAAAAUUACUUAUGCAGCCCGGAGGAGAAUGUGUACAAUAUCGACUUCACGAGGUUCAAGAUCCGUGACAUGGAGACGGGCACCGUGCUGUUUGAAAUCACCAAGCCUCCAACCACUGACAAAGCUGGCAAGAAGGAGCUGGACCCCAACGCUGGGCGCUUUGUACGCUACCAAUUCACCCCUGCUUUCCUGCGGCUGCGCCAAGUCGGCGCCACGGUGGAGUUUACCGUCGGCGACAAGCCCAUCAACAACUUCCGCAUGAUCGAGAGGCACUACUUCCGCGAGCAACUCCUCAAGAGUUUCGAUUUUGAGUUUGGCUUCUGCAUCCCCAGCAGCAAGAAUACCUGCGAGCACAUCUACGAGUUCCCACCGCUCUCCGAGGACCUCAUGCGAGAGAUGAUCCUGCAUCCAUAUGAGACUCAAUCUGACAGCUUCUACUUUGUGGACAACAAGCUGGUGAUGCAUAACAAGGCAGAUUAUUCGUACAGCGGCGGGCCCUAGACAGAUGGACGGGCAGACAUAUGGACGGAUGGACAGGCCAAGGACAGAGAUCGGAGGUCCCACUGCGCCCACCAGGUCCGGAGCCCAGCCCCCCCACCCCACACACCAGUGAACUACAAAGCAUUACUUAAAAGUCUAGACACCUGUCUAGUGGGACUUAACAUUGCAGAACUAUUUUCAUAUCUUCUCUUUGGUUUCCUGGUCAUCUGCGGCUCCAGAGUUCCCCUUCAAACUGCUGAAUCUGUCUCUCCCCCACCCCCCUAACUGUGGAUACGUCUCCCAGUCUCUCUCUCGCUCGCUCGCUCACUCACACACACACACACACAAUCACACACACACACACACACACACACAGCCCCUUUGAGCAGCACUUACAGAUUAUUUUUGUAAUGAACGUGGUAAUGGAACGGUAUGAUUUAAAAACAUUAGAUUGAAAACCAUCCCAGGUGCAUCAUCUAGUGUUGGUGUAACUCACACUUAGGGUAGUCUCCUUAGACAGAACUAGUAGGUCACAAAUCUGUAAGUCAGCCCAUGGUUAGAAUAACUUCUGCCUUGGAUAGUCUCUGAAACACCAGCAUGUGCAUAGUCAGUGAUACCAUCAGUGGUGUAGAGUGUAGCCUAGCUGAAGGUCAUGCCUUUUCCCUUAAAGUUAUAUUCAGCUCUGCUCAACUGUAACCCAUUUUUGUUACGUCCAACUUGUCUAUAAACUGCUGCGUUUGAUUAAUUUGUUCCAGACAACUUGCCAAGAAAAAGGGGAAGCGUGUUUCACUUCUCCAGUGAAUCAUGGACUCCUCUCCUAACUUUGUGCAUGUCUUUAUGAAGCUGACGCAUCAGCACAAGUAGAAACUGGUAGCGAGGGUCUCAAAUUUGCCCUGGUGAGAGUUACUGGUAGCCAUGAUGACCAGCAGGCCGUCCACACUUCACUGACGCCGCUAUGUGUUCAUGCCCCAGUGUCACCGUGUGUGAAGUGUCAUGUGACCUUGUGACACUGGUAUCAGGUCAGUAAAUAGUAAAGUCACAUUCAGUUAUAUUUCAGAAUAGGUUAUGCAUUGUUAAUCUUACUCCAUAUAGUGGCCUCCCAACCCUCUCUGUUCUCUGCGGCCGCACUUGAUAGGAUGAAUCUUCAUUUGCUUGAACUCUGAUUUCUCUGUAAUUGCCAUGGGUUUCAGAAAUUGCUGAUGUAACAGUAUUUGAAUCCCCUCACCUCCUUGAAGUAAAUACUGUUAGCCAGUGAAGCUUUUCUUGUAUACGACCUGUCUAAUAAUCCCUCCUGCCCACUGAUUUUACAUCACAGGCUGUUCUCAGCAGGUCGUGCUGUGUACGACCUUUGACCUCUUCCAAGGUUCUGGAUCUAGGGGCUGCAGCAGUUCUGUGCUGUAUGAUUCUGCCAGGCCUGUUUGUGACCCUGCAUCAGCAUCUCACUGCCAUUUUUAAGAAGACAAUCCAAAUCUGUGUAUAACAAAUAUGUCUUUUGAUAUGUCUGAGUCUAAGUCCCACAUGAACAUGUUUAAUCUUCCCUGCCAUGAGAGUACAUGAAGGAAUCUGCUCUGGUCACAUCACCAUUGACACUAGUGACCUGACAUUGCUCAUGUACCAUCAGCACAACCUCUACUUUCAUUUAUAGGAAGUCUUUCGGGCUUAAAGGCAACAACCACUCUUUUGGAGCUUAAUGAGCUUAAUUGUGAACAUGUGGUCACAAUUGUGACUUGUGGGAAAAUAGGUUCAGAAUCCCAGGUUGCAUCCACUUCCAUGCAUAUCGAUUCAUAUUUGGAUAUGUUGCUUUACAUUGACAAUUAACAUAAUGUUUGAAGGAAUGAGUCAUUCCGACAUGGCUUGUCAGUACUUCUUUUGAGGGUGGUCUGUCCCGAAUUUAAAGCAGCAGCACACAACUGAAAUCGUUUUAGCAGUAUUUUGAUGAAAAUGUGUGUAGUGUCAACGUUUAAAACCGUGUGAUCAAAUCUCCAAGUUUUUGUCCAUCCAAUAAUAGUCCUUGAGAAUGUUACUGAUCCCUGCAUCCUUUUGCAAAUGCAAAUCAAUGAAUUGUACCAGUUUUCCAACAGCCAUCAAAUUUAAGGAACGGUAGAGCAGAGGUUAGACGUUCCACAAUCCUCCGCUGACUGUUAGUGGACAUUCUGUAGUGUGAGUAUGGUGACGCGGUUUGUGUAUGUAGUUGCUGGAUUGUAGCAUUCUGUAGAUGAUUCACAGAAAUCCAAUAUGUCAAGUAAAGACAAUUUGAUACCGUAGAGUUUGACUCUGGGUGUUAAAAUAUAUAUAAUACAUACAGACUUCAGUAUAUGAUUUAAUGUAUGUCAAGAGAUUUAUUUAUAUUUUAAAAAUGUGAUUAUUGUAAAAUGACUUUACUUUGAUUAAUUUGCUUCUUUCCAAGUUUUGGACAAUUCAAAUGCCAGUAUAACAACUAUAUAAAUGUGAUUUUUUUUUCCAACUAA